UCUCUCAGGGUGAGGAGCAGCAAUGGCGGCGGUGGCGGGUGGGGGCGGCUGAGGGCGAUGGCGAAGGCUCAGCGCUGCCGCCGUGGGCGCUGAGGGGUCACGGCUGCUCCACGACCCCCGGGCAGCGCCGUGUUGUCCCACCGCGCCAGCAGCCCCGAGGGAAGAUGCGAUAGCCUGCGGUGAACCCAUCUACCCCUUCUGGGUCCUUCGGAGGCGAUGGAGCCGCUGCCCGAGCUCUACGCGAUCUUCCAGGGAGAGGUUGCUGCAGUGACAGAUUAUGGGGCAUUUAUCAAAAUUCCAGGCUGCAGGAAACAAGGCCUUGUGCACAGGACUCACAUGUCCUCCUGCCGUGUGGAUAAACCCUCAGAGAUUGUGGAUGUUGGGGACAAAGUCUGGGUGAAGCUGAUUGGGAAAGAGCUGAAGGAUGACAAACUGAAGCUCUCCCUCUCCAUGAAGGUUGUCAACCAAGGCACGGGGAAAGACCUCGAUCCCAACAACGUUGCCCUUGAUCAGGAUGAGAGGAAGAAACGCUCCUUCAGGGACUACACGAGUCAGAAGAUCACCCUGGAAGCUGUUCUGAACACUGUGUGCAAGAAGUGUGGCUGCAAAGGUCAUUUUGCCAAGGAGUGUUUCAUGCAGCCUGGAGGGACCAAGUACAGCCUCAUCCCAGAAGAGGAGGAGGAUGAGGUGGCAGCAGCAGGACAUGGAGGUGACAAUAAGACCAGCCUGGCUGAGGAGCCUUCAAAAAAGAGGAAAAAGGGACACCUUCUACUAUCCCAGGUUGCUCCAAGCCCUGUCCAACCUGACCUUGGACACUUCCAGGGAUGGGUCAACCACAACUUAUUCCAAUGCUGGACUUCAAUAAAUAAUCAAACUUUUAUCAGCCCCUUCACAACUGCAGUACCAUGUUUAUUUACACUUCCAAAGCCCUUUUUCUUUAUUGUUUUCCUCUUUGCAGCUCUGUGGCCUCUCUGUGUCCCUGGAGAGGGACAGGAAGCAGAGGGGAUGGAUUUUGCCUUUCCAGGAGAGGGACAAGGAUGGUGUCAGUGAUGGCACAGUGAGAACCAGCUCCUGAGGGCUGGGUUCUCCCAGCUCACUGUGGGGUUACACCAGUGCUGAUACUGGUGGGAGAGGCUGCAGAUGCUGCCAGGAGAAUCAUGGAAUGCUCUGGAUUGGAAGGGAUGAUCAAGUCCAGCUCCUGGCCCUGCACAGACACCCCAGCAAUCCCACCCUGUCCCUCAGAGCGUUGUCCAAACACUCUUUUGAGGUCUGGUGAGUUUGGGGCCGUGCCCACUGCCCUGGGGAGCCUGGUCAGUGCCCAACCACCCUCUGGGGGAGAUACUGAAUAGGGCUGGAGGGGUCUGAUUUGAGCACCAAACAUAGUGUUGAUUUGAUCCCAAAUGUGCAGCUCCUGUUUGCUCAGGAGCACUUGGAGAGCUGAUCUAGAGGUGGGAAGAGGAUCUCUCUUGGUCCCAGACCCUGUGCCAGGCUCCAUCCCGACAUGUCCUGUG